GAGUACAGAAAUGUUGGAAAUCUUGCUAGUUUAAUAUCAGUGCGUGAACGAAUAUCUUGUCAAAAAUAAUUUCUGAGAUAAAUUUAAGAUUAAUUGAAAACAAACAAAAUCAAAAUGCCAGCUGAUCCUACCGACGAAGCACCUCCUCAAGUUCCCAAGACCGAACUGGAGGAGUUGCAGAUUAAGGCUCAGGGUACCGCAGAUGAGUCCUUGGAAAGCACUCGGCGAAUGCUUGCCCUUUGUGAAGAGAGCGCGGAAGUUGGGAUGCGAAGCAUCGUUAUGUUGGACGAGCAAGGAGAACAACUUGACCGAAUCGAGGAAGGAAUGGAUCAGAUCAAUGCAGACAUGCGAGAAGCUGAAAAAAACUUGAGUGGGAGAAAAUGUUGCGGCAUUUGUGUUUUACCCUGCAAUAAAAGUCAGUCGUUUAAAGAAGAUGAUGGAACGUGGAAAGGAAAUGAUGAUGGAAAGGUUGUCAAUAAUCAACCCCAACGAGUAAUGGAUGAUAGGAAUGGAAUGAUGGCUCAAGCUGGAUAUAUUGGCAGAAUUACAAAUGAUGCAAGGGAGGACGAAAUGGAGGAAAAUAUGGGGCAAGUUAAUACCAUGAUUGGUAAUCUUCGCAAUAUGGCAUUGGAUAUGGGUUCAGAACUUGAAAAUCAGAAUCGCCAAAUAGAUAGAAUUAAUCGCAAGGGCGAAUCAAACGAAGCAAGAAUAGCAGUCGCUAAUCAAAGAGCACACCAGCUUUUAAAAUAAAGUGAUCUCAGGGAGAUGAAAUGUACAUAUAAACAGAUUUUUGUAUAUGAUCUUCGAUUUAACCUUUUUUCAAUUUCAUGGUUUUGUGUAAAUGAUUAGUGCUCCAGCAAAUAAAUAAAUUACACAAGAACUUUUUCGAAAAUACUUUUGUAAAAUUACAA